AUGUCGGACCCGAAAGCUUCCGGCACUGUCGCUGGGCCUUCCACUUCAACGGGAGGAGGGAAACGGAAGCGUGACUCGGAUCGAGAAACACCCACUGGAGGCCUUGAUAAUGAUUCAACGAGUACUAAAGGGGCUAAGAAUGGCAUGAAAGGAGGAAAAUCAAAGCCCCGCGGCAAGACUGCCCUCAACAAGACGGUCCCCUGCCUCAUUGACUGGCCAGAGUCGUUCAAGACACUGGAGCAAACACACCGGGCCCUCAACCUUGUCUUCACCUUUUGCUGUACUCGCAAGCACCUAGUUACGACUUUCGACACAAUCAAGUCGGCUGUCGAAGCUCACACAAAACAAAGUCUGUCGAUCGAGGAAGUUGCUUCUAUGGUAGCGCUCCGUCCAGAGUCCAUCAACUUCGCAUACGUGGACGAAGUCAUGUUGCAACUCGAAAUCAAGGGCAUUGAAAGAGACGAAGUAUUUCGGACCGGCAAGUCGGCAAGGUCACAGGCCCCAGCGUACGACGCUUCUGUGGGCGGGUUGACUGGCACGGAGAGCCUGGGCCAGCUUCGGAGUGGUGAGCCCGAGCACAGUGGACGCGAGGUUCUCUACUUCGAGUUCAUCGACGCGGACUUAAAGCGACAGGUUCCAGACAAAACCACAGGUGAACCGACGCCGCCAAAUCGGAAGCUGCGCGAGGAACAGUUGAGAAUGCCAGUUUUCAGCCAGAAGCAGAUGACGAAGAUGAUCGAGAAUCGCAACCAGAAAUUUUCAAACGCGAUCAACGUCUUUAUCAAUAAAUGUGUGGAAGACAAACUAGACCCAGAUAUGGUCCUCGCAGAACAGACCAAAGCACACGUCCCAAAGCCAACUGUUCAGGAAGAUGCCGGGACAGAGAAGCCACUGGAUUCUAUCCCGGAGAGCAUUCCCAAGGAGCGAAAGUUGAUACCAGAAAUUGUCCAGGAACUCAAAGACAGUCCUUGGUAUACUGGGCAGGUGGUGCCAGAUGGGCACCGAGUCUUUGAGCCGCAGGAAGCGGUAUGUGGUGAUUUGCAAUUCCUCCUGAGCCAGAAUUUGGUAAACGCCCUUUAUAAUGCAAAAGGUAUAACGGAGUUCUAUGCCCAUCAAUCCGAGGCUCUCAAUAGCCUCCACAAAGGUCAGAAUGUUGUUGUGUCAACUUCGACCAGCUCCGGAAAGAGUCUUAUCUACCAACUUCCCGUUCUAUACGCCCUAGAAAAAGACUACAAUUCAAGAGCAAUGUACAUCUUUCCGACAAAGGCACUGGCGCAGGACCAGAAGCGGAGUUUGAAAGAAAUGAUGAAGUAUAUGCCGGGACUUGAAGAAACCAUGGUUGAGACCUUUGACGGUGAUACUCCGAUGAGCGAACGCAACGCCAUUCGGGAUGAGGCUCGAAUCAUCUUUACAAAUCCCGACAUGCUUCAUGUUACAAUUCUUCCCCAGGAAGAGCGAUGGAGAUCGUAUCUAAAGAACCUCAAAUAUGUCGUCGUCGACGAGCUGCACUACUACAACGGCCAACUGGGAUCCCAUGUUGCAUUCAUCAUGCGAAGACUACGACGAGUAUGUGCUGCCGUGGGAAAUCGGCGAAUCAGGUUUAUCUCAUGCUCUGCCACGGUAGCCAAUCCCAAGGAGCACUUUCAGACCAUCUUCGGUCUCGAAAAUGUGCGAUUAAUUGACUAUGAUGGGUCGCCAUCUGGACGCAAGGAGUUUUUGUGUUGGAACACUCCGUACAAGGACCCUGGCGACCCUGCCUCUGGUCGUGGUAGUGCCAAGUUCGAGUGCGCCCGUCUCUUCUGCGCUCUGAUGCUCAGGGGAGUACGGAUCAUUGCGUUUUGCAGAGUUCGGGCUCAGUGUGAAAUUCUUGUUAGCGCGAUAAAGUCAGAAUUGGAAGCCAUGGGUAGGUCUGAGUGUAUCAACAGGGUGAUGGGCUACCGAGGUGGUUACACAGCACAGGAUCGCCGGAUGAUCGAGACCGAGAUGUUCGAGGGUAAACUUUUGGGGAUUGUGGCCACCACGGCCCUUGAACUUGGUAUUGACAUAGGAUCACUGGAUUGUGUCAUGACUUGGGGAUUCCCGUACACCAUCGCCAACCUGCGUCAACAAAGUGGUCGUGCCGGCCGCCGCAAUAAGGAUUCGCUGUCAAUAUUGGUUGGAGAUUGCUUUCCCACCGACCAGCACUACAUGCAAAACCCGGAUGAACUCUUCACGAAACCCAACAGCGAGUUGCAGGUGGAUCUCGAGAACAUGCUUGUGCGUGAAGGACACAUUCAGUGUGCGGCAUACGAGAUGCCGAUCCGACCCAUGGGAGAUCGGCAGUACUUUGGACAGGACUUGCCAAAGAUUUGCGACGAGCGGUUGACGAAAGACGAGAUGGGGUUCUACCACUGCCACGAUCGGUUCCGGCCAAUGCCAGCAAAGUACGUCGCGAUUCGAGACACCGAGGACGAGCAUUUUGCGAUUGUGGACAUUACGAAUGGGAGAAACGUUGUGUUAGAAGAGCUAGAGGCCUCCAGAGCAACGUUUACCAUAUACGACGGAGCAAUUUUCCUGCACCAAGGCAACCCAUACCUUGUCCGGGACUUCCUGCCGGACAAGAGAAUGGCCAAGGUAGAACGGGUCAAGGUGGACUGGACCACGGUGCAACGAGACUUUACAGACAUCGACCCUACGGAGACGGAAGCCAUUCGAUCGAUUACUGGGUCGCUGUCCCAUGCAUACUACGGCACGAUCAAGAUCCAACAGAAUGUGUUUGGGUUCUUCAAAGUGGACAAGAAGGGACGAGUCUUGGAUGCGGUGCAGGUGGACAACCCGCCAGUGAUCCGGUUUAGCAAGGGUAUGUGGUUGGACGUGCCGAAGAAGGCAAUCGAUAUCCUUCAGGACCGGCGGUUGCACGUGGCGGCAGGGAUACACGCGGCGGAGCAUGCGAUCAUGAGCCUGCUGCCGACUUUUGUCAUUAGUAUGCCGGGCGAUGUACGAACGGAAUGUAAGACGGCAGCGAAGGAGUUUGCCAAGCAGGAAACGAAGAGAAAGCGGCCAGCACGGCUGACGUUUUACGACGCCAAAGGCGGUGCGGGGGGGUCUGGGAUCAGCACCAAGGCGUUUGACCACAUCGACCAGCUGCUGAGGGACGCGCUGCAGCGAGUGGAGGGCUGCCACUGCGAGCGGGGAUGCGUGGAGUGCGUGGCGUCGGAGCUGUGCAAGGAGUCGAACGAGGUGAUGAGCAAGGCGGGUAGCCAAGUGGUGCUCAAGUGCCUGCUGAAUAUGGACAUUGACGUGGAGGCGCUGCCGAUAGGACCGGAGAUGUUUACUCCCGUGGGGAUCGAGACGGUAGUGGUUGCGCAGCCAGUGCCGUACAGGUCGAAGGAGGGGGUUCGAGACACGGAGGUGCAGCGGGGGCAACGGCACAGAGACGAUGGUGACGCCGAGAAGUUUGCGGAUCCUGGGGAGUCUGGGGUGGGCAGAGGCGGUGGCUUCGAGCAAUGGCUCGGAGACUCUAUAUGA